AAUUUGAUGGGCUUAAGCUUUUCGCCAUGUAUGUGAAGAAAUGGAAGUGUCUGGAACAGGACUGAAAAUACACGUGGGCUUUGGGCGAAUUCGGCUCCGAAAGCCACCAGAACGCCUGGAAAAAUUCAAUCAUGGGGGCGACCAAUCAGAGAAAAGUCACCCCCGUUUCAUCAUCCUCUCCAAGCACUCGCUCAGUAUAAAACAGAUUCUGUGAAACUGUUUCCAAUCCGUAGUUUCCCUCAUGUCCAUGAUCUACUCACAACACUGUGGCUGCUGGGCCUCGGUGUGGUUAGGCACUGUGCUUCGGACCCCUUGAUAAACACAACUUGGUGUUGGACGUCAUGAGCAUAGUAAUUCCACUGGGAGUUACUACACCAGAUACUUCAUACUCUGAUAUGGCUGCUGGAUCAGACCCAGAGUUGGUGGAAGCUAGCCCUGCAGUUGCUGAGAAGAACAGCUACUCAAAUCACAACUAUGGGACUGCACAACAUCAUGGGUAUAGAGGUCUGCCAUAUGCUGACCACAACUAUGGUGCUCCACCUCCUCCAACACCCCCAGCUUCACCACCUCCACAGACCAUCAUUGCCCGAGUAGAGCUUAAUAGACUACGUUGCCAGCGAUAUGAUGAUAAUUCUGAAGAUAGUGACAGUUCAUCUGAGGAUGAGAACAUUCCUUGGUGCCAUUGUAGUUUAACUCAGGAUGGUUUUAUUAUCGCUUGUGAAAAUUGCAGGGGGCUGGACAGGCGGAAGGUCAUCAGACUGCAGCGCAGGAAGCAGGAGAAUGUGUCUGGUGGAGAUAGCAGUGCAACUGAGAGUGGGGAUGAGGAAGUCUCCCCAUCGACAGUGUCAUACACCGCGACACAACACACACCCACCAGCAUCACACUUACAGUCAACCGAGUAAAGAGAGCCAAGGCGAAGAAGAGAAAGAGAAGCACAGAAAAAGCAAGAAAUGCCCCCAAAACCAAAAAAAUCAAGGCCUUUCGUGAAGGGUCCAGAAGAUCCAUGAGGAUGAAGAACUCACUGUCAGAAGCUCAUGCGUUGGAUGAAAAUACAGCAGAGGGUUGGGAGAACAGGAUCCGACUCUGGACAGAUCAGUAUGAGGAAUCUUUUGCAAAUCAGUACAGUGCAGAUGUACAGAACCUUUUAGAAUUGUAUCGAUUAACCAUGAAGGAUGCUGUGGGAAAAAAUGUGCUGGAUACUAUUAAUAAAACUGAACUAGCCUGUAACAAUACAGUUCUGGGCUCUCAGAUGCAGCUACAGCUUGGUAAAGUCACGAGAGUUCAACGUCAUCGCAAAAUUUUGCGAGCAGCCAGAGAUCUAACACCAGGCAUACUUAUCAUCGAAUACCGUGGUAAGGUGAUGCUAAGGCAGCAGUUUGAAGUUAAUGGACAUUUCUUUAAAAGACCCUACCCGUUUGUGCUGUUCUACUCAAAAUUCAAUGAAGUGGAAAUGUGUGUCGAUGCUAGAACAUUUGGGAAUGAUGCUCGGUUUAUUAGAAGGUCCUGUGCCCCCAAUGCAGAGGUGCGGCACAUGAUUGCUGAUGGGAUGAUCCACCUUUGUAUAUAUGCCAUCACAAACAUCCCAAAGGACAAUGAGGUGACCAUUGGCUUUGAUUAUGAAUACAGCAGCUGUAAAUAUAAAGUUGACUGUGCGUGUCAUAAGGGAAACCAGAAUUGUCCAGUACAGAAACAUAACCAAGGAUCAAUGGAGUCCCCAGUAGGUGCAGAGACGCGGCGGAGAAAAGCCAGACGAAAAGAAUGGGAAAUGGAGUCAGAGCUCAAUCAAGCUUCUGAUGAAAAUAGCAACCAACAGCAGGAGGAGCCAGCAGAAUCCAAAGACCAACAGGAGUUACCUGUACAAAUCCCAGCAAGUGACAGUGAGGAAGGGCCUGGAGAAGGAGAUCGAUUAAAAGUAGAAGAAGAAAACGAGUCAGAAAUGGAUGAACAGCUCCGUGCAAUAGCACAAAGUAAACUGUCGCGGGAGCAGCGGAAGAUGGAAGCCAUCAUGCAGGUAUUUGAAAACUUAGAGAAGAGAAAGAGAAGGCGUGAACAGGUGGUUGAGCGCAGUGCUAGUCAGCCUGGUGUCGAUGUCAACCCGGAGACUCCAACCACAGAUGUGGAGGAGGUGAAACUGGAGCCUGCAGCAGAAGAACCGCCGCCCAAUGGGGCAAAACCACCACAGCUUACAGGGGUAAACACACGGCGAACUUCACAGCUAGGGGAGCAAGUUCCAGAGAAGCCUGCUAAACCUCCUGCAUCAAAACCAACCAAGCCCAGACCCAAAAAUCGGUUCUCACGCUAUCGCUCCAGUUCAGCACAACGACUACGUCGACAGCGACAAGCAAGCAGCCAGGCAGAACCAGCGCCGGUUGUAGCAGUUGAGGAGGGAGCAACAGGAGCUGUUGUGACAGACUCUACAACUGCAGAAGGUGUGACAAGCGUGGGAACCCCAGGAGUUGAGACGACGUCGGGAACUAUUAUUUCCUCCCAAACAAAUCGAACCAACCUCAAGUAUCCUAAAACUAAAAGGUAUUUGGUUACAGAAUGGUUGAAUGACAAGGUUGAGCGAUCAGAAUGCCCAUAUGACCGACCAUUACGUAUCACAACUGAUCCUACUGUAUUGGCAACAACACUGAACAUGCUGCCAGGCCUGAGCCACAACCCACAUAUUUGCACAACCCCUAAACACUACAUUCGCUUUGGUUCCCCCUUCACUCCUGAAAGACGAAGACAAAGAGUUGUGUGUGAUGGCAACUAUGGAUCUUGCAAAAAAGUAAGUCUGUACAACAACCGUACAACUUAA